AUGAAUCCUUACCAAGGUCAGCCACCUUACCUACACAAUGUCGGAUUUAGCAACUCAGCCCCGCAGUCUUUUGGGAACCCGCUGCCGAUGCCAGGUUUUCCUACAAUGGGAUAUCCGACAGCUCAACCCGGUUACCCUAACACUGGCUCUGGCUACCCGCAAUCGUCUCAAGGGUAUCCGCAAGCCCAAGGCUACCCACAACAGACUCAAGGGUAUUCACAAGGGUACUCUCAACCUAGCUCUGGUUAUCCAAGUCAGGCUUACCCACAGGCAAACUCUGCUCAAGGCUAUCCAUCUGCUCAAGGCUACCCUUCUGCUCAAGGCUACCCUUCUGCUCAAGGCUACCCUUCUGCUCAAGGCUAUCCUUCUGCUCAAUCUGCGCAGCCAGGCUACCCUCAAAGUUCUGGUUAUCAACAACCUAAUCAACACCAGGGCUAUCCAUCAUCAAAUGUCCAAAGCCAUCAAGCAUAUAGUCCUUCAUCAAGUCCAGUACAUGUGCCAAAGUCCAAACCAACCGUAGUUCCCGUGAACCCCUUCGACCCCCGUGAAGAUGCGGCUGUGCUACGGAAGGCUAUGAAAGGAUUUGGAACAGACGAAAAGUCGAUCAUCCAAGUGUUGACACGUCGCAGUAACGAACAGCGUCUCCGGAUCGCGUUCGAGUUCAAAACAUUAUAUGGAAAGGAUCUAGUGUCCGAUUUGAAGAGUGAAACUUCUGGAAAGUUCGAAGACCUGCUGGUGGCUCUUAUGACGCCAUUGCCUCAGUUCUACGCGAAGGAGCUUCAUGACGCGAUAUCGGGAAUCGGCACUGAUGAAGAUGUACUCAUUGAGGUCAUGUGCACCAUGACCAACCACGAGAUCCACGUCAUCAAACAAUCCUACACUGCGAUAUACGGAACACUUCUCGAGGAUGACUUACGCGGUGAUACGUCAGGCAAUUUUAAGAGGCUAAUGACAUCAUUGUGUAUGGGUAAUAGAUCUGAAGAUUUCCACAUUGACCAAGCGAAGGCCCGCGAAGAUGCUAGGAGCUUGUUGCAAGCAGGUGAACUGCGUCUCGGUACGGACGAAUCAGUGUUCAACGCGGUGCUUUGUUCUCGCUCGUUCCCGCAACUGGCCGCUAUAUUCCAGGAGUACCAAAACCUCACCGGACAUGACAUAGACGACGCUAUCAAGGCGGAAUUCUCUGGUGACCUUGAAAAGGCUCUACGAGCUAUUGUUAAAGUGGUCCGCAACAAGCCGUUGUUCUUCGCUGAGCGUCUCCACAAAUCUAUGAAGGGUCUCGGCACAAACGACCGCCAGCUGAUUCGCAUCAUGGUGACUAGGUGCGAGGUGGACCUCGGAGACAUCGCUGAUAUGUUCCAGUCGAAAUAUGGUGAAACUCUUCAGAGCUGGAUCGAGGGCGACUGCUCCGGACACUACAAGAAGUGCCUGCUUGGUCUACUCGGUCUUUACUAGAAACAUCUAGACUUGUCUACGCAAGUAACAUUUACACUUCUCUCUGGUACCAACACUGGCUUCUGUAAUCUCUUUUUAUUGAAAUUUGCAAUUAAUGUUUAAAGUUUAUACAUGUUGUGUUCGAAUUCUAAAUUUUUGUAGUAUUCUUAUGUAUUCAAAUAAAAAAUAUAUAUGUAAUCGUAUACUAUAAAAUAUAAAAAGAACUAAAUAAUAUAUGAAUAAUUAUUAUAGGAGAUUAUAAAAAGUGUUGUUAUUGCCGAUCUUGCAUUAAAAUAUAAGAAAUAAUAGAAAUGCCGUAUACAAUCUUAGACGAUUUACAAAGUGGUGGUCCAUACAUCAUAUAAUUAUUUCUAAAUUAAAAAACCGUCCGCUUGAUAUAUAUCUCGAAUAUUUUAUUAUGUUUAGAUGAUUAUUUUGAAAAUUUAAUUUUUUUAAUUUUUUUUUUGUUUAAAUUUUUAAACAUAAUACAUUUUAGAUUUUUUUUGGUGGUUUUUUAGAAAAUGAAAGGUGAUUUUUUUAAUAUUUUGAUUGUGAAACAAAAUUAGUAAACUUUCGUAAGUGAAACUAUUUACAAAGACAUCGUUGAUAUAUUGAUAGUAAUUUAUGUUAUUAUAUUCAAUGCGUAUAUAUGAAAGGACUGUUGUACCUUGAACUAUAGUGCUUUAUCCUCGUUACAAUGUGCCUUCAAUAUAAAAAAUUAAUUUUAAAUACAUGUUCUAACACAUAAA